AUGCUAUGGACCAAUGAUGACAACGAUUGUAACAAUGAUGAAUCAAUUCAUUGUUCAAAAUCGGACGACAAUGAAAAUAUCCGAAAAUUUAAACAUCAUCAUGAUAAUCAUCAAGAUUUUCAUACGCCAACACAACAACAACCUUUUUUAUUACCUCCGCAACAGAGAAAAUCACUUUGCAACUCUUCAUUAUACAUCAUCACAACAUCUCUUCUACUAUUACUAGGCUUAUUUGCAAUAGUAUCCUUUCUUUCGCUGCGAUACGCCUUUUCUUUUCAUUCUCCGCUUUCUCUGAAAUUUUCAUCUUCCUCCAAUACCUUAUCAUUUAUUCACAAACAAAUCCAUCCUCUUGUCUCCAUAACGUCAACAUCAUCAAAUAAUGCAGAUACGUCCAUCACGCAGAAAGUAAAUGAUGCUUGGGAAGAUGGUGAGAGUAUUGGCGACUUUUCAGGACUAAAUCUCACAUAUGGACACUACUUUCAACGAUUGUACAUUCGAAAUAGUAAGAGAAAAUCAACAGCACAUUGGCAUUUUGAAUCGUGCCCAAUACCACAAGAAACAUCUUCUGGAAUUGAUGGUUCUCACCUUCAAAUUUCUAGCUUUGCUUCAUUGAAUGUUAUCAAUCAAUCAAAUCUUGUAAUCGAUUAUUUAUUAUACCCAAGUGGACAUUUAGCAGAACAUCGUCAUCAUCAUACUGAAUGGAGAUUUGGAAAGGUCCUACUCACUGACAUUGUUUCACUACAAGACGUCAUUCGACAAAAAGAAGACAAAAAGAAAUCACCAUCACCAGCUCUUUUGGCCUCAAGCGAUCAUCACGUACAAACGGUCAUGAAUCAAGUCACCGAUAUAGAUUCUGAGAGCAUUCUGAAAUAUAUUUUCCUAGGAAGUUUAGAAUUUUUUGUUUCGAACACGAGUGAGAAAGAAGGAAUACCUACUUCAGAUUUUACCAAGCUCUAUACUCUCACUCCUGUUUGCUUUUAUUUCAACCAAUUUCAAUGGUCAGAAAAUAUUUUUAUACCUGGCUAUCCUUACUCUGCUGGAAAUACAGUUCUUAGUUUACAAGCCAAUCCCAAUAUGAGUUGUGCUGACAUUCUCAGAAGAAAGGCAUUUUGCAACGAGACUUCGAAUGUGUUUGUUUUUGAAUCACCUGGUUCUUGGACUGGGUUCUUACUUUUACUUGUUGUACUGGGAGGUAUUGCAAUGGUUUUCAGUGUUAUUGGAGGUAUUGCUCUUGUUGUCUUUGCAGUUUCUUGGUUUAGUUGGAAACUUUACAAAAAGUAUGACCUUAAUAAGAAGAAAGCUACAAUUGUUAGCUCGUUAGAUCGUCAUGACGACAGUCAAGGUGAUGACUUUGGUGAUCGACGAAGACUUUUACACGGUGAUUUAGACAUUGAUUCACAUGUUGAAACACAACCACAAGAAAUUUCUCGUCGUUCGUCACAACCCAACACGAAUUUGGAAGGACCAAAUAAUCUUAGAUCUCAUUCAAGAGUGAAUUUAACAUCUCCCUCACCAGUUGUUUCAACAGCAGAAGCUGCCCACUUGCUGGGUAUUACUGGAAGAAAACACUUUAGGUUCUUCCAAUAA